CUGGCUACUUUGCUUUUGCACGUCAUCAGGUUGCCCGAAAUACCCAGAGUUUGUGUACUAUAGGACUGCGCUGGAGGAGGUACAAACUCACAAGGCAUCAUUGAAGAAAUCCAAAUUCACUCAACUCGCUGCUUUAUACUCAAUGACGCGAAAUCCAAGCCAAUUUUCUGGUAGGCGUUCACGAACGUCUACUGUAAGUGUCCCUCCUUCGAUCUCGCAGCAAGCGUCGCCUUUCUCUUCACAGGAGUCAGCUACCUCUGCUGUUCCGGAAACACCAAUCCCAUAUUCAGGUACUUCUCAAUUCACUGCUUCUCAAGCAUCUCGAUCCUCAUCCCAAGUGUCGGGCAAUCUCUCAGCCUCUGAACCACCGAGACAAAAGACCGACCAUGCGCACCUCCUGGAAAUGUUGCCGCAAAUGCGUCGACAGUAUCAUGGAAACGGUCUAUGGAACUGCAAGUGUUCCGAUAAGCAAAAUCCGAUGGACCAACUCUGGCCACAUGCCAGGAAGGCAGGCGGAUCUUACUUCAAAUGCGCAAAGCACUUCCAGGAAGGCUGUGAUUUCUCGCUUGAGUCAACCGGCAAGGAGUGGUAUGAGGAAAAGUUCAAUGCCGAAAUUCUCGACGGCACUUUCUUCAAGCAAGUCAAUGGGGUAGCAGCGCCUAACAGAAAGCGGUUCAUUACGAAUGAGUCUCGUGUUCUCUUAGAUCCAUCUUUUCAUAUGUCUGUAGGAGAUGACGAUACUUUGCGCACGCCGAAGAGAGUGAAAGGAGCGGCAGUUUCCGCAGCAGAAGAAUUGAGAGAGCCAGGAAUAGAUAUAGGAGAGACCAGGGUGCCUUUCCCAGCACAAUUAGGAGCAUCUCCGGCCAGCGCUAGCAAGAAGAGCGGCAGGAAAAACGCCACAGGUGGAGGUGGCAAGUACUAUGCGGUAAGGAAUGGUCCUCGACCAGGAAUCUACAGAACUUGGGAAUUGGCGAAGGUGAAUAUCGAAGGAGUCAGUGGUAUAGAGCAGAGUUCCUUCAAGACUGAAGACCAGGCCAGGGCUUACCUAGCGGAGAGGGCUGUGCUACCCCGUGGGAGCGCAACAUCUUCCGUGCACUCGCAGCUAGCCAAGACAUUUCUUGAGGAAGCCGUGAAGGCAGUGAGCACGCUUGCAGCGCAAGACCUAUCCAACAGCGUUUUAGAUACCCUCAAGGAAGGCGAUAUUGUGGUCUCUCAAGAGCAGCGAGAGGCCUUGAGCGCUACGACUCUCAAGCACACCGAGGCCUUUGAGAAGGUUAAGAAAGGGUUUGAGGAGGCGAAGUCGAGUUUGAGGGUAAAAGAAGAACAGGUUUUGGAGCUUGAGCACCAAGCUGAGAAACUGAAGGAGAGCCUUGCAAAAAGCGAGCGCUUAGUGGUUGAACUUUGGGAACAGACCUUGGCCAUGGACCGCCCCAGCGUCGAUUAAAUGCCUCGAAGGGGCAACAGACGCUCCGGCCUUGUGUGUAUUCUGCUUCCUCUCUUGUCUCCUUAAUCACUGUCCUUAAUGCGCAAUCCUGUCUUCGCACAAGCUUUAUCCUGCCUUUUGUGUCGCAAUGUUUGGUUAGGGGGAAACGUUGUUCGGGUGGUUGGGUAGCCUUAUUUCAGAGCACAAUCAACGGUGUCAUGACCAUGAGAGUAUGCCAUAGUGCAUUACCAUAGUGCAAUGCUGGGCUAAGGGCUCAAUCACGUCGCUGUUUGAAAUGAGGUUCUAUUAUUUCGUAGGCUACUGUAGAGGAGUGGUGGCUACGUGGCCCUCGGUAAUUUAGUCAAGCCCCCUACCCCGCCUUUUCAUCACCGCUUGACAUCGACCCAAGGGUCAGCAUCUGCCGG